GACCUCGACCAUCCAGCCAAGCGACGCAGAUGCCGCGCUGGACGACUACGAAGACAUGAUCGCCACGAUAAAGGGAUGUGGCAGAGGCCAGCAAUCUCCCAGGCCGGAGAGAUCCGGUCGUGGUGAAGGUGACCAGGGGCUGCCUGGCUGCAUGCUGGCGAUGCUGGUGUCGUUUUUGUUUGCAGGCAUGUGUCCUUUCGCAAUUGCUCAGUUCAUCAGCCCGUUGUGGGCGGCCGCCCUCCUUUUGCGCCUUUCGUCCCAGCCCGCGUGCACAACACCCCGAAGAGUGGAGAAGCCACCUGCUAUUGUGCCUGCACCGGCGGCGUCCCUGCCAAACCUUCUGACGAGCCGAGUCAGACAAGAGGCAGCAUCCCAGGCUGAGGGCGAUGCCCUCAAGAGAGAGCUCGCAGACUCUCAGGAGGAGUUACGAGCACUGCGAAGAAAAUACGAGGCAAGUGUCGCUGCUGAGAAAGAGCGCUUUCAGGAAGAUCUGAAGGCGGAGCUUCGCCGCGCAGGGGAGGCUGAGGCGAAACUGGCCAUGGCCGAGAAUGCGAAGGAAGAGGCUGGGGCAGACGGUGGCAGCGUAUCAGAAGGUGGAGCGUGGCCGCGCAGAGUUGGAACAUGGCCGUCGUCAGCAGGCUGA